UAUGGUUAUUCUGUCUUCAUCCAUCUUUAAUAUAAGUCUCAGGGAUGGAUGGGGCUUUCUUUGCAGGAUAAAUAACUUAAGGAUGGUAACAAUUAUAAUCUCUCUCAACAAAUAUCUAACACUGUCUGAUAAGAUCCUCUUCAUCCAAACAAGCAAUCACAAUGUUACUAAAAUAAUAAUCGGUGCCACCCUCAGAAUCACCUCCAGAGACAGCGGCUCCUACUCAUGCGUGGCUACCAACUACUACAACCAAACAGUCUUUUCAACCUCCAGAAGUCCUGGAAUUGAAAUAACAGUCAAAGAUGUGGUGUCAGACCCUGAUAUCUCCUUCACUGUGCUGAAGGAGGAUUCCCACAACUAUUCUGCUGUGGUUACAUGUGAGUCGGCGGUAGGGACCCCACCUGUGAUCUUUUCACUCUACGACAGGACACGGCUGGUUGCCAGUAUGAUGAGUGAAAACAGGAGCGGCAUGUUUAAGUUACCACUGGUCUUGGAUCAGUACUUGGGAGAGCUCCAGUGCGAAGCAGACAACAGAGCCCAGGUUGCUCACAGUCAGUGGCUGCCCUUGGAAGUUGUCUCAGUUGGUGGGCCUGUGACCAUGCGGUACGACCGCGACAUCGGAGAAAACUUUGCUGUGGUCGGCCUGAGAUUGUAUUGCAAGGUGGCAAAGGGAUCUCAUCCACGGUACCAGUGGUUCCUCAACAAAACCCUUCUCCGUGACAGAGGAAGUUUCUACUAUGUGGUCGACCAGCCGCCAGAACUGUCAAUACUCCUGCUGUCAGUGGGGAGGAGCAGCGCUGGGACGUACCACUGUCAAGUGUCUGACAGCUUUGACAACGCCACUGCAAUAAGCAGCAGGAAGCUAUAUUUGGAUAAACAAGUGCUGAACCGUCUCCCUGUCUGGGUAGUGGCGGUUGUCUUUGGAUGUUUCACAGCCUUGAUUCUCCUGGUGUCCAUCUGUUGUGGGAUUGGACUGGUGUACAGGCGAAAGGUUUUUGAAGAGAAAUCUCUGUUGGGUCUGGAGAUGGAGCGAAAGGUGGUUGUGGACGAAAGCGAGCUGGAUCUGUGUGAGUACAACGAGGAUGUGGAUGUGGUGAGAGCAGCCAGAGGGGAUGAACUUGAUGAGACAUCUGAAGCCUCUGUAGACGAAUGGCCCCAAAUUGCAGUGCAGAGGAAGACGUUGGAGGAUGAAGCGUUUGAGGAACCCUGAGGACUCUGAUCUUUUGCUCCAUAUAAACACACUGCUGUGGUUGAAUACCUGCUUGUGAUGCCUCCUGUCUGUUCAAUGUACAAAAAUGUCUAUUGUUGCUCUCUAAACAAGGGCAACGCAGUGGUUAGCACUGUUGCCUCCCAGUGAAAGGUUUACCAGUUCAAAUUCAACUGCUUAGGAUUAUUAGAAACUCUAAAUUGAUAAUUGUUGUAAAUGUGAGUGUGUUGUGUACUUAUCAAAUAACACAAUUGGGCCACUGAGGUGCAUGAUGGGACAACUUGUUUGGACGCGUGUUCUGAGCUCCAACAAUAAACCAUGUCCAAUGCAUUGUGUAUCUUUGAGAAUGGCGAUUCAUUUCCAUCACAACACUGUUAACGUUGCUCAUCAUCAUUAUUGUAUUCACCUUCACACAGGUGAGAAGCAGUCAAUAUUUCAGUUCACCACAGUCCAGUUUCCACGAGCAAUUUCAGUUUAACACAACGUACCCACACGCCACACUUCCCCCUAUCACACUGUGCUGAUGGAGGCGAGGGUGAAGUGGGUCCUGUCUAUUGAGGCUGCCAUGUUUUUGACAUGAGUCCAAACUGGACAAACUAAAAACCUUUUGAGUUUUUACGACAACUGAAGCUCACAGGUUCUCUUUCUAUCUUCCCAUGUUUGGAAGGAGAGGGUGAGGUGAGGGGUAUUCAGCUACAAUAUGCAACUUCACCACUGGAUGUCACUAAAUUCUACACACUGAGCCUUUAAGAGUUGU